ACGAUGACUUUACUUGAAGGGCCAAAAAAAGACACUCUUUCAUAAGAAAAGAAAAAAAAGGACUAACAUUAAUUAAACUUCUAAUGAUCUUGGAUUUGCUGUUCCGUUGCGAUAAAAUUAUCAGCUGACUGCUAUCUCUAUGCUAUCUUAUUAGAGAAUCUUCCAGUUUCCUCGGUUACAGAGUAUAAUGGAAAAUCCUUCUUUUCCGAUGAGACAGUGACAUCCUGAAUUUUUCUAUUUCCGAUAAAAUGAAGAGACGCUCUACAAACCAGAAUGCAAAACCUUCAAAUUUUUUGAAAAAGAAACGAGCUCAAAAAUGCGAACAAUUAAAGGAAAAUAAUACAUCUGCCUGCAGUGUAGAAACAUCUCAAAACGAAAAAAAAGAUGAUGAAAUGAAAGAUUUGGAAUACAAAAAAACAGUUGAUACAAUACAAGAUAAUAUGCCAUCAACCAGCGGCACUCAAUCCACUAUUUCUGAUAUGCCGUCAACCAGCGUCACUCAAUCCACUAUUUAUGAUGUGCCAUCAACCAGCGGCACUCAAUCCACUAUUUCUGAAGAGGAUAGUAUGAUUGAAGUUAUUAGUGAUGACGAUGCUCAUGAAGAUGAUACCGAAGAGAAGAUGCGACAGUUGCAUGCUAAAUUGGAUAAUAUUUUGAUAGAGAUGGAUGCCAUAGAAAAUAAACACAAAUUGUCCAGAAAAUUCAAGAAAAACUUAUUUCGAGAUGAUGCAACAACCAGUCAUAAUGCAACCGCAAACGCAAACAUAAAUGAAAAACCUAAAAAAAAACUAAAAGUACAAGCACAAGUGCAUGUACCACCAACAGAACGUGCUCAAGCUAACCAGCACAAUCAAAAUAUAAUUAAAAUAAAAGAUGUUACAAAUUUGUCAAAUGAGCAUUUUACAAUCCAAGGUAAAGUCGUUUUUAAAACUAACAUUUACAAUUACGAAAAUUCGAAUUCAAAAGGAAAAUUUUUUAAAUUUAUUUUGAAAGAUGAUUCGUCUGAAAUUUUAGUAACGGCAUUUAAUGAAAAGGCCCAACAGGUAUUUGAAAUCAUUAAAAUGGACCAUUGCUUUAUCUUAUCAAAAGGCAAUGUGAAAGAAGCAAACAAACAGUACAACCGCACUGAACAUGCUUUUGAAAUUACCCUUAUUAAAACCUCUCUUUUACGAGAGGUUUCUGCUGAAACAUUUAACCACCUUGACGAGCAAUUAGAAUUUACCAACUUUUCGGAACUGAAAAUUUUGCCUGAAGAUACUCUUGUUAAUGUAAAAGGAAAAAUAGUGGAGGCAUUUGAUGACAUUGGUUUAAGUUCUCUCAAAAAAAAUAAACCUUUAAGAAAAAAAUCAAUUAUCAUUCAAAAUGAGAAAAUGGUCCAAAUCAAAUGAAUAUGAAGUGCUUACGUUUUUUCAACAAUUUGUCAGAUUAUUUUCAGCUAUUUUAAUUUAUUUUCUUAAUGCUAUCAUAAUUCAUCCAUAAUUUGAACAUCAUACGAGGGGCAUCAAGAAAGUAAGUUUACCUAUUUACUAUCUCCUAAACUAAGACGGAUAGUGAAAAUAUUUAAAAAGCAUUGAAAAGCAACAACUUUCAGCUUUCUAAUGUGCUGUAGAUUAUUAAAUUUGGCUUGAUAGAACUAUAGAAAAGUGGAUUUUUCUGAACCCAUCUCCCCUCCCCAAGGUAGAGUGCAGCCCUCUGUAGACAAAAAUCAAAAAUCAACAACUCGACAUCUGAAUAUUUCUUUGGAGUUUGUCAUUUUAAAUUUAAAGAUAUUACUGACCCACAAUGAUGGUUCAUUUUCAAAUUCUUCGGUCAAAACCACUUGAAAGGGGUCGGUGUAAAACGGGCCAUUUGGGGCUCGGGGUGGAUACCUUUGAAACUUGCCCUAUUCAGUUACCGAACAAUACCCCAUCUUUUCCCGCAGUUUCAAGCCCCCCAUUUUUUGGGAGACGCAGCGGGGGGUCGAAGUUAAAAAUCGGCAAAAUUUUAGCGAAUUUAUUAUUCGAAAAUCAUGAAGUGUUGGCGACCGCGGUUUAAACGAUCGUAUUCAGCGUGA